AUGAAUGACCACCCAUAUCGGUGGCCCCUCAGCCAACAGGGAACGAGAAGGCCCUCAUUUGACCCACCCCGUGUCGACACAAACAAUCUCGGGCACAAUGAGUUCAUGUGGCCGGUCUCGGUCAUGGUGGCUCAUGGAGAUCAGGCCUACCUCCAGGCCCUAUUCAGUGGUGACUGGCCCGACGCCUUCAUCCACGCCAAGUUUGUCGAGGACGCCCGGCUUCCCACCGACGAGUACGUGCGGCCGUAUCAGACACCGAUGGGCCACAUCAUCUGCACUCGAGCCAUCAAGGCCUUGGUCAGGCCUGAAGGCUUGGUCGAUUUCGAAACCAUUCUUCUUCCAAUUUUGGAAGAAGAAGUCUACCCAUACGACAACAUGGCCAUCAUCAUGGGCCAACCCCAGGUCGAAUUCUUCAUGGGUCCCGAUUGGCCCGGCAUCGAACCCCUCCAGCCCCUGCCGAGGCCGGACUUCUCCUCUCCUCGCCACUCCCUUACGUUUCCCGGCGCCCCGGCGAUGUACGGUCCCACGAUGACGGGGGACUUUCACAACAACACGCUGCUGCCCGCCUGGCCGUCGUACCCGGCUUACACGCCGAACCAGACCCAAGUCAACUUCUCUCAGGUCGGCGGCCACUAUACGUUUGCCUCCGCCGCCAUGGCGGGCGGACUCUCUCGGGAGGAUCAAACCAGAAUGUGGGUCGAUAAUUACUACAACGGCAACACCGGCAGCGGCAGCAAUGAGAACGGUGUCGAUGACAGCGGGAACAAUGUCCCAUCCUGGGGUGGGGAACUCAGGGGCAGAUGGAGGCUAGGGCGAAUGGAGACCAGUGAGUCAAGACUGCGGGCGUUUGUUGUUUGGAUGAAUCUUGAGCGCCAGAUCCAGAUUGGAGUCUCCGCCCACUAG